GGUCAUAACUAUGCUGGUAAUUUAAUCACAUUUAAUCAUGGACCAGAUGGAAAAAUUAUGGGUCAUUGGUAUGGCUAUGUUACUCGUAAUGAUGUGCUUGCCUUGCUAGACCAACACAUUGCCAAGGAAAGGAUCGGCUACAAAUUGAAUUCAAUUGAUAGGGAAAAAUAUGAGAGCUGGUUUACAACAAGCAAUGAGGAUUCUGAUAGCAGCAGGAACAGUUGAAGUAGAAACACGCAGAAGUGAUGCGUCAAAGUUUUUACAUGUGAAUGAAAAAGAGAACAAUGGUUGCGGUAUAAUUACACAAUGUAAUUCUGUCAAGGAAGAUUGGGAUAUGGAUGUGAACAAGUCUUUAGUUUUACCAUCUAAAAAUAAAGAAUGCCAGAAGCAUACUGCCAAUACUUUACAAUUUUGGCAGCACAUUUUCAAGGAAUUGGACAAGCAACUUGAACAGAAGGAGGCUGAAAUGAAGCUGGUUAAUAAUGCUUCAGUUCUCAAGCAACAUUAUGAAAAGAAACGUAAUGAGUUGGAACAUGAGAAGUUGUUCAUGCUAGACUAUCAUGAUCUAUGCUUGCCAUAUGUAAGCAAAGUGAGAAAGAGUGAGGGUGCAACACUAUAUGGAUCAAGGUCACUAUCCUUCCUCACUAGUGACGGCAUUUUGAAGCCACCAGAUAUUGAGCUCACUAGACCACCUAUUAAUAGCAAGGCACAAUGGAAGCAAGUCUUCACACCUGAUUCUGAUUCCUCCUAUUGGCUAAAAACUCAUUGUGUUGUCGAACCUAUUAUAAUUGCCAUGCAUAGACAACUCAGUUCCAUGCAUCUAAUUUUUAGAUUAUUGCAUCCACAUCUGAGGUAUACCAUGGAGAUCAAUAAAGCACUUAGAAAUGAUCUUAUCAAUAGAGGAAUGGUUGUGGAAGAUCCUAAUGCACAACAUGGAGUGAAGUUAAUAAUUGAAGACUAUCCUCUUGUCAAUGAUGGUCUUCAAAUAUGGGAUGCAAUUAAACAAUGGGAUCCUGGUAAAUCAAUUCAAUGGCAUAAAGGCAAUUACUAUAUUUUUCAAACCAAGUCAUCUUUGCAUUUCACUCAAUGGGAUCCAGGAGGGCGGUCUUAUGUUCGUUGGAUGAGUCAACAUGGGAAGCUUCUUAUCAGAAUAAGAACUCGGGGUCGAGUUCUUUAGAGGUGGAGGAGACUGAUGCAGGAGAGUUUUAUUAGUAAUUUAGUAGUAUUUAUUAUUUAGCUAAAUCUUAGUAAUUUUCUAGAACUUUAUAUUAUUAUUUCGUUUCAUUUUAUUUCGGCCCACAGGUUUAUUAUUUCUUUCACUAUAUAAGCAGCACUUAUGUAACCUAAGAGUCACACUUUUUUUAUUCAAUAAAAUUAUUCGAGAUUUUCUCUCAA